AUGGAGGAGAACGAACUAUAUAAUGCUACAGUUCCAUCUUUCUCUGGAAUUGAACCAGCUUUUUGGAAUUAUUCCGAUCAUGUCAUCCUUGAUGACCUUAAGAUGGAUAGUAGUUUUAUAUAUUUACUUUGCUCAUUAGUGUCUGCUAUUUCAUGGAUCAUUUAUAUAGCUUAUUAUAAUAGCAGAGUCAUUGGUUAUAUAUUAACAAAAUUAUUAAAUCGUUUUGUUAUUAGAGAUGGAUAUGUUAAAGUGGGGUCUUUUACUUUAAGUGCAUUAAGUGGAAAAAUAAUGUUUAGGGAUAUAGUUUAUAUCACAACAGAUUACAGUCUCAGAGUACAAGAUGGUUGGCUUAUAUUUAGGUGGUGGAGGAGUUAUGUUCCCAAAGAUGUAUCUGAAGAUCUUUCACAUUCCGAUACACGACUUUCAGUUAUGUUAAAUGGUUUUGAACUGCAUGUUUAUAAUCGCUGUCAGCUAUAUGCACAAUUAGAAAAAACAUUUGGUCUUACACCACAAAUGUUUUCUGAUGAAGAAAAUCAUAAUAUUAAUAGUGAUGAUUGUGAUGCAGAGUCAUUUAAUAAUACUGCUCAUGAAACGCGUCAACAGAUAAAUGCAAUGGAUGUUUCACGUCAUGUUGAUAAUAUUAGGAAAAAAGAAGCUCAUGUUAUAGCUCGAACAUGGCGAGAUUUAAUACCUGUUAUUAAAUUGGAUGUUUGCACAGGGAGAUUGGUAUUUGGUAAUCGUUUAAUACCAACGACCUUAUCAAUAACUGUGGAAGAAGCGCAUUUUGUAUAUUCUACGAAACCGGCAGCAUCUCGAUAUGAUCAUUUUAUGCAUUUUACAAAAUGUAAAGCAGAAAAUUUCAAAGUUAUUUUAGCACCUAGUCCAAAGUAUACAGGGAUGGUGGAUGAUCCACCUAGAUAUAUGGGAGAGGGAUUCGUUGUAUUAAGCUCAAACAACAUGGAAGUUUAUUAUUAUAUGGAUGAACCUGGAUUUGUCCCUGAACAUCCACAAAUGAUCCAGUUAGUAAAUGGAGACAUGGUUGAAGCUAUGCCACCAAUCUGGGGUAUUGAUAUUAAAUGUGGGAAAGGCACUGAUUUUAGUUAUGGACCUUGGGCUGAUAGACAAAGAGAACAUUUAUUUAAAUUUUUUUUCCCUAAUGAUUACCAACCAUUGAAAGUUACAAAAACUCCCGUCACUGGAGAAAAAAGACAAGUUCAAUCAUUUGAUAUUAGAUUGUCAACAUUGAAUGAAGCUACAAUUGAUAUACUCUUUAGUAAAAACAGGGAAACAAAUGCAGUUCAUAUUAAUGUAGGGCCAGGAUCAUAUCUAGAAAUCACUAUGCCAUGGAUAGUUUUACAAGAUGGAUAUACUACAAAAAUAACAGGUCAACUGUUACAUUUAGAAGCAACUACAAGUCUACAAUACCGAAGUUUAGUUGAAAGCGAAACAUUAGAGUUUGGUGUCAAAUGUCAUUAUCCAAUAAGGUGGAAUGAUCAUCAAGAAUGGACAUUAAAUUUGACUGGGUGUAAAGCUACGGCUAAUUUAGUUUAUUCGCACAAAGAGUUUUUUCAAGAUAUGAUUAACGAUUGGGCCAGUAAAGUCAGACCUGACAUUUUGCAUUUUGUACCUUAUACGUGGAAAUUUAAUUUAUUAUUAAAAGAAUUUGAAUUAAUUACAUUAUGUAAUGAAUAUAAUUGGAUUGAUUGUUCAUCACAGAAUCAAGAAAAUACGCACAUUGCUUUUUGUGGGGAAUUUUUUGAACUAUCAUUUGAUCUUCCAUUUGUGGAUUAUUUGCCCAUUACAAUACCUUUGCGUUUUUGGAUUCAAGGUGAAAGUGUAGACCUCUCAUUUUAUUUACCCGAAGUCAAUACAAGUCGUACAAUUCUGUUAGCUUUGAAUAAAAAUGCAAAGAUUAUGACACGUGAUGGAUCACAUAUAUAUCUAUCAGAAUUAAAUAAAAAUAAGAAGUGGAGAAAUGUUUGUCAAAAAGGAACAGGUUGGGUUGAUUGUUGGUCUGUACCAAUUGUGGCAUUAAGUAUCAAUUAUACAUAUCAUCCAUGUCCACCUUUAGGACCUACCCCACAAGCAAAUAUAACAACUCCAGAAAAAGAAGAAAUUCUUUUAUCUCCAAUGAGAAUUCCUCGAUGCAGGAAAUCACCAGGCCUUCAGUGGACAAGAAAUGGUAGUCAGAAAUUUGAUCCGCAAUCUAUAGCUCCUGAUAAAGUUAGUUUAGAUCUUGAAAUAGGUCCAUCUAUUUUGAUUUUAUAUGGAUCACUUUUAAAAAAUUUUAUGCACUUAAAAGAAAAUCUAUUUGGUGAUUAUCAAACAUUUACUGAUAUGCAGCAAAGUCGAACAAAUCCUACAUCUAUAAGUACAGAAAGGAGUAAAGACAGGGAUGUGCAAAAUAGUAGCAUUGAAUCUGUAGAAGAUAAGGAUGCAAAAUCAAAACCGUUUGAUCCAAGAGAUUAUCGACCAUUAGAAGUAACGGUUGGAAUUACUAUGCAUGAUAUUCAAGCACAUUUAGUAAAAAAUUGUGGCGAGUAUGAUCCCCCUUGCCCAGUUAUACUCUUAGAACGAUUUGGAUUUGAGAUGAAGAAGAAAUACAAAGAAACAGAACUUCAACUACUUCUGUCGCCCGCAAUCGCAUUAAUUACCGAUAAUGUUGUCCGUUCGAAUAAAGAACGUCAUUUAAAUCAAGGCCAUCUAAUGUUAAGUGCAUUGCAAGUCAGAGGACAUGCAAUGUUCAGUAAUGAAGGAAGAAGCUUAGAUCAAGAAACUUUGGAGUAUGCAUGGUUAAUUGAACUACAAUUAGGAAAAUUAACUGGGAAAAUGAGUUCUCCUCAAUUACAUCAUCUUAUUAUAUCUUUGGAAACAUUUCUAUUAAUGGUAAAAAAUAAUGAAAACAGUUUACGUCCUCCAGAUUUACCACAUCAUUGUCAUCAUGGUAUUCCACCUUUACAAUGUCCUGAUAGUGAUAUUGACAAACAUUACAGAUGUCCUAGUUCUGAAGAUAUAAAAUAUAGAAUGACAAGAAUAGCAAUAGAUGCAAUUGAUUUAUAUUUCCAAGAAGUGGGAACUACCAUUCAUACUUGGAUAUCCCCAAUUCGUGUAUCAACUUGUAAUCUUCAUGGUCAACAAGUUAAAUCUGGAGUAACUGGUGUAUUACCAAGAAUAUUGAUAAGACAAUUUGUGUCAGCAGCUGAUCAUUUUGCAAAUACAAGUAAUACUAAUACAGCUGGUAGUGGAAGAUCACAUAAUAAUGCAAGCAGUCGUAUGUCAGGUGAUGGGUCUGAUAUUUGGUUAGAAGUAGGAUCUGUAGCUUUAGGACCAGUAAUCUUAGAAGCUGCAAUUUCACUUCCAAGUCCUGAACAUAAUUUACAUUUAGUACAAAAUAAGUAUUUAAAACUACAUGAUGAGGCUACAAAACGUUUAUGGUUCUUGUGGCCUCGAGAAAGUGGCGUGAAAGCAACAAAAUGCGGUUGUAUAGGCGGCUGUGCAUUUUUUGGAAAUAAUCGAAAUGGGCCAACAUUUUUUAAACCAAGUUACCAUGAUUUUCAAGAUGGCAUAAAUAUUGCUGCAUACAGAAUUAACGAAUCCGGAAAAGAAAAAGGUUUUGGGCAAUCUAUAUUACACAAUGGUCAACUGGUAUUUCAUACUUCGCCGUAUAAUUUACAAGAUGUAUCUUUACAAGACUAUCCUUUUACUGGAGUAAAAGUAACUGCUACGCAGGAUGGAUCACAAACUUCGAAAAAAGGUGUUGAACGACCAAGGUCUGUGACAGAUCAUAAUAAAGAAGAAACUAAUAGUACAAAAUUAAUUGCUGCAUCAGCAAGUCCAUUCGCAUGCAGUGGUGAACGGAAACUGCUGGACAGAAGAUUUUCUUAUACAUCGAUGCGGUAA